AUGCAACCCUCCCGCUUGGAGCAUUUGAACCGGCUCGUUGAAAACUCGUUUUCAAAAAUUCCAAAUUUCUUGGAAAAGAUUACUGUAGAAUAUGAAAAAUUGGAGAACGCCAAAAGUUUUUGGUCUGAAAUUUAUUUGGUUCAUCUGAAAGUUAAAGAAGACGUGGUGGAGGAGAAAUUGGAAAUUCCGGAUACUGUAUUUAUAAAGAUUCCUCGAAUCAGCGAGAACGUGCUGAAAUGUGAGGAUGGGUCAGCAGUGAAUGAGCUUCAUAAUGUUCUGGUUUAUUAUUCAAAGAAAGAAAACCUGUUCUACCAUCACUUUCUCUACGAUUCGAUUCCAAAUUUCCCAUUUCCCAAAGUCUAUUUCACUGAAGAUAUCACUAGAGAAGCCACCGGAGGAAUUGUUGCUGAAAAUUUGAGUGAAAAAGUGUUCGCAGUGGAGCACAUUCCUGGAUUGAGUCAUGAGCAAGUUCUAAGACUCAUGGAGGCGUUGGCAGGAUUUCAUAGUCAUUUGAUUCAAAGAGAGGAUAAGAGUUAUGUGAAGAGUUUUGAAGAAGGUGCACAUGGAAGAGAGACUUAUUCAGUGGGGAUGCAGAAAAUGAUGUUCGAAGAAUCUCUACUUCUCGGAACCAUGGCUCCAGAAGUUUUCGGUAACGGACGAAUUCAAAAAAUCCAAUGGGCAUUCGACUAUGAGAAUAAGAAUAAGGCAACCAGGGAAGCCGUAGAUGCAAUCCCUGGAAUCAUCUGUCAUGCUGAUCUCAACGUCACAAAUAUGCUCUGGAAGACCCAAAAUUCAAAUUCUGAAAUCGGAGCAAUUAUCGAUUUUCAAAUGGUCCUUAUCGGUUCCGUAUACUACCAUGAGAAGUUAUCUGGAUUCUUCAAUGGAAAUCCACCGUAUUCUCUGGAUGACCUAAACAAUCAAUAUCGACUAAUUUAUCCAUUUGCUUCCAAUUUCUCACUUUUUGGAAUUUGUGUUUAUAUUAAAUUAUAUCGGGAUGGAACACUUGGAAAACCAGAAGACGUUGAGAGGAAUUGUGAUGAAUUGGUGGAUAGAGCAAGAGGGAUUGUGGAGGAUAUUGAAGAAAUCGAGGCAGAUUGGAAGUGA